AUGGUGAAAUAUGGUUUCGUAUGGCGCAGAUUCAACUGGGGCGCUGGACAGUACCGCUCUAUCAAUAAAGCCAUACGCACCUCCUCCUCCGUGACGGGAGCUCUUGUAUACUUCCCUCCUGGAAAGUACCAGGUGAGCUCGUCGAUCGUGGCAAUGUACAAUAGCCAGCUCGUUGGCGAUACAACCGAUCUGCCCACCAUUCGAGCUGCCAGCAGUUUGUUGGCCUGGGUUGGCGACGGUGCCGAAUGGUAUAUCAACGAGAAUAACUUCUUCCGCCAGGCCCGCAACUUUAUCAUCGAUAUCCGCUAG